GCCCAGACCGCAGUUGCAAACCAAAAUCCUAAAACCAAAACCAAAACCAAACCGAUUCAAUCGUAUUUUUUUGUAGCUCUAAACGCUUUAGUGAACGUUUCAACAAGCUCGAAAAUGGCAUUCAAGGUUAUUCUCUGUGUGGCAGCCAUGGCGAUCGCCUGCGCCCAGGCCAAGCCCGGCGGACCUGCCGCCUACUCGAUUAGCGCCCCCAGCGUGGACCACGCCUCCGUGGGCAACACGCAGGAGCACACGGUGAAGGGCCACUACGGACAGUCGUCCCAGUCGGACUACGCCAGCCAGGUGCAGACAGCCCACUCCCAGUCGCAUGUCCAGCGCUCGAGCAUCAGCAACGAUGCCGGCCUGGCCCCCGCGGCCCAUUAUGCAGCUCCCGCGGCACAUGCCAUUGCCGCUCCUGCCUCGUACGCCCUUGGAGUGGGACACACGGGCCCUGCCCAGAUCCAGGGACUGGCCUAUGCCAGUCACGGCUAUGCCGCCGCCCCAGCACCAGCACCAGCUCCAGCACCAGUCCUGGCCUACGGCGGUCACUAUGGAGCUCAGUAUGGCGGCGGUCAUUACGCAGCCACGGCACCGGCCCUGCAGCUCUCCGGAGUGGGAUUGGGACACUACGGACACAUUGGACACCUUGGACACGUUGGUCUCGGCUAUGGGUAUGGCGGAUAUAGCUCUGGACCGGCACUGUCGCAUGGCUAUGCACAGGUGGCCGCCGCUCCAGCUCAAAUUGUGAAGUAUGCCGCCGCUCCAGCCUACGCUCCUGGCAUCAUUGGACAUGGCUACGCCCCCGCUGCGUAUGCUGCACCCGCCUACGCCGCGCACCUGGGCGCCCCAGUCUUGAAAGCCGCCGUUGCCGCACCCGCCCUCGUACACACAUCGGUCUCUGGCCACGGCAUUCACUAUGGCUACUAGAGGGAGCUUUCUCCGUGACCUGCUCCCAGUACCAGUACCAGUAAACCCGUCUUUGUCACCAUAAGC